CAAAACAAAAUACGCGCGUCUCACAUCAGCCAUCCCUUUAUCAAUGGAAAAGACCGGGGUCCUCACGUUUAGUUCUCGCCGCCUGCGCCUGCGGCUCCAGGGAGUCUUGCAGGAGAAGCUCGAAGCCGCCGUUUUAGCCAGGCUUUUAGCAGAAGAGCGGCUAGAGGAGUUGAGGCUCGAGCUGGCCGAAGCAGAGCUGAAAAGGGACGAGGAGGCGCAGGAGCGUUUUCGGCUGUUGGUGCAGAUAGCAGCCGCGCCCACGCCCAGCCACGAGCCGCAGGGAGAGGACAGUGCAAUGGCUGCUCUCAUGAAGUUGCAGAACCGGAAGAAUCGCAACGACACGCCGGCUGCUCCAGCUGAAGUGGAGGAGACCCCUGCACAGAAAGUGGCGGCCAUCACACGAAGCCCAAACCUGGAUGCUUACCAGGAGGCCUUGCGUGUGCUCCAUGAUGCUUCUCAGCAUGAGGUGUCGCAGUUGCAGAAGCAAAUUGCCGAACUGGACCAAGAUUCCAACAAGGUCCCGCGAUUGAAGAACGACCAAAAGGCCUUGACCAACAGGCAGAACUUGCUGCAGGAGCGCAUGGCUGACCUGGACACCGAGACGCUGGCGCUCGCGGAGACGGCCAAGGCCGGUGAAGAAUUGCUGGACUUGCGUGACAGCGUGGUACAUGAGUUGCGUCAGGAGGUGGAGCGACGAGAAGAACGCUUGGGGAAGUUGGAAGAUCUGGUCCUGAAGUUGGACAAGGACCGUCGGCGGCUCAUGGAAGAGGCCGAGAGAGAUGCCUUAGAUGCCAAGCAGUUGAGGGAAGAGGUCGUGAGGCUGAUGGAUGGAAAUCUUCAGGGCGAGCGGACGUCUGCGGAACAGGUCCACUCACGCUUGGCUGUUGCCACCGUGCAGAGGAGCCUGGCCCGCCUGGAUUUGGCCACAGCACAAGCGAAGGCGAACGCCUUCGCAGACUGCGUGCCCAAGACCUGGGUCGUCGAAGAGGCGACCGGUCCUGCAGCGACGUUAUCCCUGGCCUUGGCACGUGGAACCUGCGCCCAGGCGGCCGAGGGGCUCCUUUUUCGCUUGGAGGUCUUGGGACGGCGAAGCGCUCAAGAGUCCCACCGCCCACCAUGUCGCCUGGAGCUCUGCGAGGUCGCCUCCGCUUCCUUCCGCACAGCCGCAGCCUUGGCCUCUGCCCUAGAUGGAGGCCUUUGCGAGGCUUCAGUUGAGGCAGCCAAGGCUUUGGAGGCUCAGUUCAGGCGGGUGGAGCCGAAAUUGAAGGAGGUGAUGAGCAGGAAGACCCUGGACUCUCCCAGUCAGGUGUUGAGUUGCCUUCAGGACCUCGAGGCCCUCACGCAGCAGUUGCCAAAAAGCCAGAGCCGCCGGGUCGUUGGGCUGCAGCUGCAACGCUUUCAGGUGGCGUUCGCCUACGGUGCUGCUUCGGCUUCGGAACCGGUGACUGCGGGCGAGUCGACUACACCGGUGGAGCUAGCCAAGGAGGCGCCGGAAGAUAGCGCCAUGGCCGCCCUGAUGCGGCUUCAGAACCGCAAGAAGAAGAAGGAGGAGGAACCCACCAUGCCCUCCGCGGACGCAGAUGCGGCGGACGUGGAGAACAGCGCAACAGAGACAGCCCAAGCGGCGGAGAGCGCGGCUGGUGUGCCGGUCGAGGUGGAGCAAUUUCAUGAGGAGCAAUGGGCUGAACUCGCACAGCGGCUUCAAGUGCUUCAGCACGCAGUCGAGCCCAAGAACUGGCCUGGGGGCCCUGAGCUCCAGCGGAUUGGCAAGGCGAUUGAGGUGGGUCUUAGUCGAUGCUCUACUGGUGGUGAGGAGCCCUUGAGCUUCUGGCGAGCACUCAAGACAGCCUCGGAGUUCUGGGAAACGCUGCUGCCAUCCCUGGAGAAGCGGGCGCCGCUGGCGAAGGGUGCAGAGGAGCUCAGCCUCUCUUCAGCACGAGUCAGUGCAACGCUUCCGGCAUGGGCCGACAGCAGCUUAGAGGUGCAGAGUCGAAUUGAAGAGAUCGAUGAGAAGCAACGGGAGGUGCGCGAUGCCAACCAACGUUUGAAGGAGAAGCAGAAAGAGCUGGCAUUGGCUGAGGAGGAGAUGCAAAAGGCCGAGGGCCGAGCGAGGGACCUCAAGACCCAGCUGAGUGCCAUGCUGCAAGCCAACCAGACCAGCGAGGCCUUGCAGGCAGAAGAAGAAGAGCUCCGGCAGACGGUGGCCCUGAAGGCGAAGCAGCAGGCGAACCUGGCUCAACAAUUGCAUGAAGCCAAGGCAAAGAGAGAUCACCUUGAAGAACUACAUCAGGACGAAGAGAAGAAGAGAGCCAAGCUGGAAGAGAGCAUUGACAAGAUGCGGCAGCGGCCAAAGCAAGAUGAGGAUGGCCGAGCCACAGCACCCGAGCUGGCCGCCUUACGGCUUGCGCAGAAAAAAGGAGCGCGUGAGCUAUAUCGCCUACAGGUGGCAGGCAUGGAGGAGCUCCUUCCCUUCCCGUCACAGAAGGAGACCUCACACAAAGAUGAGGCCUUGGAGAAGUACAUCCUCCUGCGGAAGAGCCUCUUGAAGCACUUGAGUGGCACGCGGAUUCACAGGCUAGGAGUUCACCACACAGAUGCUGAGGCGUCUUUGCGGGUGCAGGAGCUACACCUCCAAUGGUCGGAAGCACGCUCUACGCAAAAACUCGAUGCAGAGGUGAAGAGCGGAUCUCCUCAUGGAGGCGCAGCAGGCCUCGGUGCAGAGAAGGUGCUGAAGAUGUCCUUGACGCUCCAAAGUCCCAGGUGGGCCUCCACGAAGGUGGAGAAAGACCUUCACACAUCAAGUUGGUCAGAGAUUAGAGAGAUCCAUCAGGCCACCAACCCCGUGCUGAGCGCCUCAAAAUGAGACGUGCAGGCCUUGGAGUCAUAUGUCCACUGUGUCUUCCGACGGGUUCAUCUUGCAUACCAAACAAACUGCCUGUUAGUACCGGAAAUCGUGGACGAUUCGGCAUGCAAGGGUGGUGCAAGAGUCCUUGAUCAAUGGCAGGAUUGAUCAAUGGAUGGAUGGACACUCAUGAUUACUCUUAUGACACAUUUCUUCAAUGACAUUCCGACUUGAGUGUCAAGAGCUCCGACAGAAGUGGGUAUGUUCCAGCUGCAAGUCACCUGAUGCUUGAACAACUGAGACAUGUGGUGUAUGGCGUCGGUGCUGAUAUCUCUCAAGCCGAUUCGAAGAAAAACGAAACACAAAGC